AUGGCGUCCGACACUGUCGUCGUGGAGCUAGUGGUUCUUAUCGCUGCCGACAGCGCGCGACCUAGUGUGGCCGGCGCUCUCCUCGCCGAAGUCGCCAAGUACGACACUGCUUUUGUGAGACGGGCGUAUGGUGAUUGGACUGGUACCAGUCUCAAGGGCUGGAAAGACCAGCUUCUCUACCAUUCGAUCCAGCCCGUCCAGCAGUUUGCGUACACCCAUGGCAAGAAUGCGACAGACUCGGCCAUGAUCAUUGACGCCAUGGACCUACUCUAUUCCAGCCGCUUUGACCGGCUGGCAGGACCCCAGCUGGGCAUGGUCAUUGGCAUUCCACUGCACAACCGAGCGUCCUUGACCAAGGUCCACGACGAUACUCCCUUGACGGCCCAGUUACGGAGGGCGGUCGAGGCGGCUUCAGCCGAGGAGGGUUGGGCCAACCUCGCCAAAGUCGGCGUUCACAUCACCAAGCAACAACCUGAUUUCGACCCUCGAAGUUUUGGAUACCUCAAGCUUGGCGACUUGAUCAUUGCCAGGCAUCAGUUCGACAUUGACCGUCGUGGUCCCGGAGAGGGUAGAGCCGUGGUGGUGUACGCGCGUGACAAGCGCCAGAAGCAUAUAAGCCAGGUCCUUUUAUUCAUAUUUCAUGGUACUAUCCCUAAAAUUGACGUGUAUAGCGUGCGGUACAUGCGGGGGGUCGGCCUUGACAUUUCCUAG